AUGUCAGUAACCCAUCACGUUAGAUCAACUGCUGCCAGACAAGAUGAUGACAGUCCAGAGGUGCUAAGAUUGGUUGUGUUUGAUAAAAGGAGAUUGAUUGCAGGUUCUCAGAUGAGAUUUCUCUCUGUGGGAUGGAAUCGUGCAAGUGAAGAUGUGGGGAGUUUUGAGUGCAGAUUAAAAAAAAAAAAUAGUGGAAAUGAAAGUUCCAAAGAGGUGGUUUCUAGGACGUCAGAGGGCCAAGGGCCAGAGCAGUCAGUAAUAUUUGAAUCAGGUUACCUGGAAGACAGGCGUGAGAGAGACACGGAUGCGGUUGGCUGUGGGUGGCUGGUAGACAUAAAAUUUGCACAAUAUCCUAUAGCCGGUGGAAUAUUUUAA